UUUAGAACAACAUGGCGCCACUGUUGGCACCGCUAAAAUGUGGGCUCCACUUUCGAAGACGCAAACUGGCUCUGUUACUCCAACAGACAAGCUCAUAUCAUGUUUGGAGUCACAACGAGAAGAGAAGUGGCCUUCACCGUAAACCACAGAACACGUAUCAGUUACUGAGUCCACACGUGAGGACAGCCGCAUGGAAUAUCAACAGAGUCCAGAGUUCCAGACAGUUACUGGAAGCUGUAAAGCACUUGCAAAUCACAGACAAGCGGACAUGCUGGCAUGGCCACGCAGGAGGGGGGCUGAAUGCCGACCCCAAGAAUGUGCUGAAAGAGGUGAACUCGACGACGAUCCUCUCUGCCAUGAUGUCUUACGUUUGGCCGAAGGAUAGACCGGACCUCCGAGCCAGGGUGGCCAUUGCGCUGGGAUUGCUCGCCGGAGCCAAGAUCACGAAUGUCAUGGUGCCCUUCAUGUUUAAGUAUGCCGUGGACGAACUCAACCAGAUGUCGGGACACAUGUUGAACCUGAGCGACGCGCCAAACACAGUGGCUACCAUGGCAACGGCUGUCCUGAUUGGCUAUGGUGUGUCGCGAGCCGGCUCUGCGCUCUUCAACGAGCUGCGUAACGCGGUGUUCGGCAAGGUGGCGCAGAGCUCCAUCCGGCGCAUUGCCAAGAAUGUCUUCCUGCACCUGCACAACCUGGACCUGGGUUUCCACCUGAGUCGCCAGACGGGGGCGCUGUCCAAGGCCAUCGACCGCGGCACGCGCGGCAUCAGCUUCGUGCUCAGCGCGCUGGUCUUCAACCUGGGGCCCACCGCCUUCGAGAUGGCUCUCGUCAGCGCUAUCCUGUAUUACAAGUGUGGACCGCAGUUCGCUGCUGUCACCCUGGGCACCUUGUCAGCUUACACCGCCUUCACGGUCGCCGUCACACAGUGGAGGACGCGCUUCAGGAUCGAGAUGAACAAAGCUGACAAUGAGGCCGGCAACGCCGCCAUUGACUCACUGCUCAACUACGAGACAGUCAAGUACUUCAACAAUGAGAAGUACGAGGCGGAGCGCUACGACAACUUCCUGAAGGUGUACGAGUCGUCGUCUCUGAAGACCACCUCCACCCUGGCCAUGCUCAACUUCGGCCAGAGCGCCAUCUUCACCGUCGGCCUCACCGCCAUCAUGGUGCUCGCCAGCCAGGGCAUCACGGCAGGUACGAUGACUGUGGGAGACCUGGUGAUGGUGAAUGGGCUGCUGUUCCAGCUGUCUCUGCCGCUUAACUUCCUGGGGACGGUGUACAGGGAGACGCGGCAGGCCCUCAUCGACAUGAACACACUCUUCACCCUGCUGAGCGUCGACACCAAGAUCAAGGAGAAGGAGAUGGCCCCCCCUCUGCUGGUCGCCCCUCAGGAGGCCACCAUCCGCUUUGAGGACGUCUACUUCGAGUACCUGGAGGGACAAAAGGUCCUCAACGGGCUGUCCUUCGAGGUGCCCGCCGGGAAAAAAGUGGCCAUUGUGGGCGGCAGUGGCUCCGGGAAGAGCACCAUCGUGAGGCUGCUGUUCCGCUUCUACGAGCCGCACCAGGGUAACAUCUACAUCGCCGGCCAGAACAUCCGCGAUGUGGGGCUGGACAGCCUGAGGAAAGCAGUGGGGGUGGUGCCUCAGGACGCAGUGUUGUUCCACAACACGAUCUUCUACAACCUGCAGUACGGCAACAUCAACGCCACAGCGGAGGACGUGUACCGCGUGGCCAAGCUAGCAGGCAUCCACGACGCCAUCCUGCGCAUGCCCCACGGCUAUGACACGCAGGUCGGGGAGAGGGGCCUCAAGCUCUCAGGAGGAGAGAAGCAAAGGGUGGCCAUUGCACGGGCCAUACUGAAGAACCCACCCAUCCUGCUGUAUGACGAAGCCACGUCUUCCCUGGACUCAAUCACUGAAGAGAACAUUCUGAGUUCCAUGAAGGAGAUGGUGAUGGACAGGACAUCCGUCUUCAUCGCACAUCGACUCUCCACCAUCGUGGACGCCGAUGAGAUCAUCGUUCUCAGCGAGGGUAAAGUUGCUGAGCGGGGUAACCACUCUGCUCUGCUGUCCACGCCCGGCAGCCUGUACGCGGACCUGUGGAACACCCAGAAUAGCCGUGCCCUGGCUGCUGCUGCCGCCGCCGCCGCUGGGGUCCCCGAGGAGGCAGGCGAGGAGCGGCUCUCCAAGAAGGAGGAGGAGCGCAAGAAGCUGCAGGACGAGAUCCUCAACAGUGUCAAGGGCUGCGGCAACUGCUCCUGCUGAGGGGGGAGGUGCUGUCCAGAGGAGAGGAAGAGGAAGAGGAGGAGACACAUACACUGAAAUACACGCGUGUCUUUGUCUGGUGGAAGCAGCGAAGAAAUGACAAAGCAUGCGUGUUAACGUUUCUCUGAUUGGCCUCAGAUGGAGUGGAGAGGAGGAGGAGGAGGAGGAGGAGGAGGAGGAGACACAUACACGCAAACACACAGCUGUCUGUCUGAGGGAGUCAGAGAAGAGAAGAGAAGAGGAGAGGAGGUGCAAACGUGUGUUAGUGUUACUGUGACUGGCCUCCUGAGUUGCAGAGGAGAGCAGGUGUAGACUGGCGUGCAUCAGCAGCACGCAUGUCAUCAUUGAGACCUCUCU